GUGGGCUCGGCGUCGGCGUCGUGGCACGCGCAGGUGUUCGAGGUCGGCGGCGAGCCGAGGGGGUGGGCCAAGCCGGCGGCGCCCAACGGCGAGACCUACAACCACUGGGCCGCCAGGAACCGCUUCCACGUCGGCGACUUCCUCCAUAAGUACUCCUACUUCAAGUACGAUAAGAACGACUCGGUGUUGGUGGUCUCCCGCGACGACUACAAGUUCUGCGACGCCGUCAGGCCGUCGCAGCGCUUCGACGGCGGCGACACCAGGCUCCGCCUCGAAAACAGUGGCUUCUCCUACUUCAUCAGCGGCGCGCCGGGCCACUGCGACGCGGGCCAGCGGAUGACCCUGCGCGUCCUGCCGCAGCAGCAGCAGCAGGACGGCGGGAGCGAGGCCGCCCCGACGGGGGCGCCCGGCGCGAUGGCGCCCGGCGGUGCAGCCGGCGGCGGCGGCGGCGGCGACGAAGGCGGCGAGUUCGGCCCGCCGCACGGCUCGGGCUCCGGCAGUGGGGUGGUGGGCACCGACGCGAAUAAUACCAGCGGCGCGGCGCCGGCGCGUGCGCCGUCGUCAUUUGGUGGCUGCUGUCACCACGUCGUUGGGGCGGUUGUUCUGGGUGCCUCGCUGCUGGUCUUGGGCGCUUGA